AAUUGUCGCGGUGUUUACGCUUUUCUCUGCAACGUCCUCGCAAUUUCUCAAUUUUCAGGAUGUCCAAGCUGGAAAUGCCACACGUGGACAAGGAGCUGGAUCUUUCAAAUGCUGGUCGAGGUGUUUGGCUGGUGAAAGUGCCAAAGUACAUCGCGAACAAGUGGGAAAAGGCUCCGGGGAACAUUGAAGUGGGCAAACUGAAGAUCUCCAAGAUUCCUGGCCAGAAGGCUCAGGUUUCUCUGGCACUGUCAGAAGCUGUGAUCAAUCUAGACCCCGCUGAGAAGAUUCCCAAAGAUCACAGACUCGAUGUCUCAGUGGUGACGAAGCAAACACUCGGAGUUUUCUCACACGUCGUCCCUUCAAAGACAGACGAGGUUGUCCCAGAGUCGGAGAAGCUCUUCAUGGAGGGCAGGAUAGUGCAGAAGCUGGAGUGUCGUCCGUACGCAGACAAUUGCUACAUGAAGCUCAAGCUGGAGUCCAUAAAGAAGGCUUCUCAGCCUAUCCGGAAAGUGAAGUCACUGGAGAAGAUUGUCCACAAUUUCAAACCAGUGUCAGAUCACAAGCACAACAUUGAGUACAAGGAGAGAAAGAAGACAGAAGGCAAGAAAGCCCGUGACGACAAGAAUGCCGUUCAAGAUAUGCUCUUCAAUGCCUUCGAAAAGCAUCAAUAUUACAAUAUCAAGGACCUCGUGAAGAUCACAAAGCAGCCGAUCGGAUACCUGAAGGAGAUCCUCAAGGAGGUGUGUGACUACAAUAUGAAAAAUCCGCACAAGAACAUGUGGGAGCUCAAGAAGGAAUAUCGCCACUACAAGACGGAAGAGAAGAAGGACGAAGUCGCGCUGUCGGAUUCAGACAGUAACUAGUUGAAUUAUCAAGUGUAUAUUUUCUAUGUACCAUAAAAGGAUCAACUGUG